AUGGCAGGCGCAAAGGGGAAGAAAAAGCAGUCUCGCCUUGCAUUUGCCCCCAUCGACGAUGCACACUCACUCUCUGCCCGAGGCCCUGACUACAACACAUCGCAAUCAUCGUUCUCGCCAGCCAGACUCCGAUACUCCAACCCAUUCUCUGGGAAGGUCACCGUGAAAGGCCAGCUACAAUUAGAGGACUAUACCCGGCGCUGGAAUAAUACUGAACUAGACGAUGCGUUGACUGGGCCAGAGCAACGCUCUAUACCUGAGCCCAUUCCGAGCCAAAGUCAUAACGAAAGAUCCAUUAACGAAGAUUCCACCAUGGGAUCUCGUCACAAAGAACGCACCCUUCGCAGACGCAGCGAGCGACUCAAAGCUGCUUCAUCGCCAAUGAGCGCAUCACCACGCAGCACAUCCCUAAAGAUAGAUCUUUCUGGAAUAGGGGAACCAGAGGAAAGCGCUUCUGGGAAACUGACGUCGUCUCCCACCUACCGCAAACGCCGUGCGCGGCCCAGGAAUUCUAAAGCUUUGGCUGUUAACGAUGAUUCUGAAGACUCAGACCUGAUUAUCACUGGAAAAAAGCACAAAAGGGUCAAACCGGAUGACUCAGAGUCAGAACCUGAAGCGGCAACAAAUCCUGGAAUGGACGACAAUGAGGGCUCUUCGGAUGACGACGACAUUGUAGCCUUCACCCCGUCAUGGCGGGCCUCCAAGAGAUCACGGACAUUGAAUUUAAAUGACGACGACGAUGAUGAUCAGGGAAGUCCAAAGACUCCAAGUAAGCUUCGCUCAGAACAGGAUGAGCUUGACCUUGAGGAAGACUUGGAAGAUCUCAGAGACACAGACCUGAGAGAAAAACGAACCCGUGGUGCAGUUGUCAAUUCUGCAAGAAGCGUCCGCCAGAAACAUCUCGAGAUGCUACGGCGUCGGCGCGCAGGCGAAAAAGCCGUAACAGACGCAGCAGAAGGUGAAGGCGAAGAAGAUGAAGAAGAAGAAUACGACGAAGAAAAGGAGUCUCACAAUAAUGCGGUCAACGCAAUUUUGAACUGGGCUCGAAAUUACGGAGACCAUAGCAAUGACAACAGAGAUAGUGACGCAGACUCAGUCAUCGAAGCAAACGAAGAUCUAGAUACAGACGACUCCUCUUUCAUCGAGGAAGACGGUGAACUAGGCGCCCCGGUAGCCGUCCCCUUCGAAUUCAGCCGACAUCGUACCAAGCAUACGAAGGACUGCUUCCGCGAUGUCAUUGAGUGGAUGGUCCACAGCAAGCUCAAUCCGGCGUUUCCACGCGGUGAUGAGAUGUAUCAAUUUGCUUUUCGGAAGGUGGGCGAUGAACUAGUGGGCAGGAUCAAGUCGCAGCUGGCGUCUACUGUUUGGAAUGCGGAUUUUUUGAAUGCCCUGCGUGCUCGCCCGUAUCUUGACGUUACUGCUCACCUUCCCUCUUCUGAUUCAUGUAAUGCCUGCAACCGUUCAGGCCAUUGGGCUUCCUCUGAUCUCAAAUUGAGCGGCAAGCCUUAUUCAGACGAGACUCUUGAGCCGCUGUACGAUAGUGACAGCGACAGUGACGAAGACAGCGAGACCCAAACCGCGAGAGACCACCGCAGGCGAGAUAUUGACAGUGAAGGGCACAUUCUACCAUCAGAAGAUACCCAUUUCUAUCUUGGCAGAACCUGCAAAUCCAACGCCGUCCUAACCCACACCCUAGUUCACUGGCGCUUCCACCUUUACGAAUGGGUCGUAGACUACUUAAACCGCAAAGAAGAGCUCCUCUCAAACCCCCAACGUUCUCUCGAGCGCGAGAAACUCUCCGCCAAAAAGCGAACCAAAUACGCGAACAAAGUGGUUGAUAAAAUGAACUCGAAUGGGGAAGUGCAGCGACUAUGGACGGAUUUUCAUCAGAAUCUUAGGACGGUUAGGGAAAUGCAAAAGGAUGAUGCCCAAGCGGUCUAUAAUUGA